AUGAGUGACCCAUUUAGAAAACCAAUCAACGAAAAAGUUUCAGAAUCAUUAACUCCACAAUCAGACAAAUCAACUUUAGAAAAAGCUAAAGAAGGUGUUACUGAUAAAGUUGACCAAUUUGCUGCUAAGAACACUAGUGACAAUAACAAAUCAUUCUCACAAACAGUUGCUGAUGAUGUAACUAAAGGUAAAAAAGAUGCUGAAAAAGCCGUUGAUGAAGAAAAAUCAAAAGCAUCAAGUGAAGGUCAAACUUUAGCUGAAACUGCUCAAGAAUACGUCGAUGCUGCUAAAGAAGAAAUCUCAAAAGCUGCUGAAUAUGUCUCAGGGGUCGUUUCCGGGGCUACCGAAGGUGCUCAAACUGGUGCUGAAGGUGUCAAUAAAAAAUAA